UGGUUGUCUAUGGGAAGAACUUAUGGAAGAAGUACAAACAGAAAUAGCGAAGUAUGAGGUUAAUGUUUUUGUGAAUUAUUUUUCAUCGUAAAAUAAUCCUGAAUUAAAAGUGUAGUCAUAUUAUUUGUGUGAAAUAGGGUUUGCUAUACGAACAGCAGAUAUUUCCAAUAAAGACAUUUUGCGGAUUUCAUUUAUCCAUUGUGUGUAACUGUUGUAGCUGUAGUUUAUUUGGUUGCUUAUAAGCUGAGCAGAAUGGUGGACGUUUUAAAGAAAUCUCCUUUCAAAACAGGAGAAAAAGAGAAUGGAACUGAACCUACUGCACCCAUUACAAAAAAAGGCAUCUUGACAUCAUUUCAAUCUGGAAAGCCAAUGUCUAUACCAGACAAUGAUGUUUUGGGCAGAUGCAGGUUUGUCUCUGAUUUUGAAAAACUGAACCGUAUUGGUGAAGGAACUUAUGGAAUUGUAUAUAGAGCAAAAGAUACGACUUCUGACAAAAUUGUUGCUCUCAAAAAAGUCCGCAUGGACCUUGAAAGGGAUGGUAUUCCUGUCAGCAGCUUAAGAGAAAUUCAGGUAUUACUUAGUUGUCGUCAUGAGAAUAUUGUCCAUUUGAAAGAAGUCGCAGUGGGGCGUAGUUUAGAGAGUUUAAGUAUUUUCUUGGUAAUGGAAUAUUGCGAGCAAGAUUUGGCUUCACUACUGGACAAUAUGCAAACCCCAUUCACAGAAUCCCAAGUAAAGUGUAUUAUGAUUCAAGUUCUUAGAGGAUUAAGGUAUCUCCACUACAAUUUCAUAGUUCAUAGAGACUUGAAGGUGUCUAAUUUACUUAUGACAGACAAAGGAUGUGUAAAAAUUGCUGAUUUUGGUUUGGCAAGGUGGUUUGGUGUCCCAUUGAAACCUAUGACACCCCAUGUAGUAACAUUAUGGUACAGGGCACCAGAAUUAUUGCUGCAGGCUCCAACUCAGACUACCAGUGUGGACAUGUGGGCUGCAGGAUGUAUAUUAGGUGAACUCUUAGGUCACAAACCUUUAUUACCUGGCAGAUCUGAAAUACAGCAAUUGGAACUCAUUGUGGACCUUCUGGGUACACCAUCUGAUGCUAUCUGGCCAGGAUUUAGUAAACUUCCAGCAUUACAAAACUUCACUUUGAAACAACAGCCUUAUAACAACUUGAAACAACGGUUUCCUUGGCUAUCAGCAGCUGGUCUAAGACUGCUAAACUUCCUCUUCAUGUACGAUCCAAGGAAGAGGGCAACAGCUGAAGAGUGUUUGCAGAGCAGCUACUUCAAAGAAGCCCCAACACCGUGUGAUCCAAAACUUAUGCCUACAUUCCCACAACACAGAAAUAUUAAAAGUGGUGGUAAAUCAUCAAUAAAUGACUCCAACGUAAAUACCGGAGCUGGAGACCAAACCAACAAUCUUCCAGCUAUUUCUGAUCUGUUGGGGUCACUUGUAAAGAAGCGAAGAGUAGAAUAAGUGUUCAAAGCUUGAUUAUAUACAAGCUAUUUUGGUUCUGCGUCAUUUAUUCCAUUUUUUGACAUUGUGUUUCUUAUAAAAUACACUGCAUUAUUAUUUA